CCUUUCAGUCCGAUGGGAAUAAACAAGGCAGUGAGACACCGCCGAGGCACCGCACGGUCGCUCUUGUUGUUUGCCACACAUUGUUUAAUCUUGGUGCUUUGAAUAAUUACUGUAAAAUAACAAUGCAAACUUUAUGCACUGGACUGUUAAAUUAAGCUAAAGUCAGAAAUUGGCAUUAUUAUGUGUAGCAUAUAUAGUGAAAACAUACUUAAUUCGUGAAAUAGGUUAGACAGCCUAUUUAUAUACAAACAUAUAUACAUUUAUUAAACGACAUAAUCGUAAUGGAAAAUACUCCACAACUUUCUGUCGUCAAAUCUUCCUCAAAGAAAAAUAUUCGUCGACAAUUAACGAGGAUAUGAAGAAGGUGGCGCAAACCAUAUGAAUUUGGAUAACGUUAAUAUUUCAUUAUUAAUAGUAUUACAAAUAUUACAAACACUGGACUGAAAUGGACGCAUAUGCAUUACCAACUUACUUUCCACUGGCAUAUACGGAACUACAGUUCUUAGCAUCUCGGCGAGCCGCUGCUGCUGCUGCAGCCUCAAUGAUCCCAACAACGCACUCCCAGUCUAGUAACCAUAUAUCCUCGCCCUCAACGGAUGUGACUAGCACGGUGCCAGUUUUAGUUCCUCCGUCAACAAUGACAACGGUUCCUGAUUCUACGGCAGCCACAAAUGUAAAUGUAACAAAUGGUCACACAUUACUCAGUAGUAAUGUGGGCGGACAUCACCAUCAUCAUCACCAAUUCCAUGGUCAUGGUGGAGUCACAGGUAUGACUGCUGGUCAAACGCAACAACAUGAUUUCCAUCCGGCUUAUCGAAUUCCUGGCUACAUGGAACAAUUCUAUGCCAUGCAACGAAAUAGUCCAUCCGCUUCCUAUCAUGAUCCAUAUGCCAACUGCUCACCGGCAUUUCACCUGGCUGGCUUGGGUCUUGGCUCUGGCGACUACUUAGGCAGCCGAGGAGGUAUGGGAUCGCUGAGCGAUCUACAUCAUGCUGCGGUCGCUGCGGCGGCUGCCGCUGCUGCUGGAUCGCUGGCAAGUACUGAUUUCCAUUUCAGUGUGGAUGGUUCCCGACCCCCAGGUGGUGGAAGCAUUCGUGCUAGCGUUAGUCGAAAACGUGCACUAUCCUCGUCGCCGUACUCGGAUUCUUUUGAUAUUAGUUCAAUGAUUCGAUUCUCUCCCAACUCUUUGGCCACGCUAAUGAAUGGAUCGCGGGCUAGCAGCGCCGCAAGUGGUGGUUCAUACGGUCAUCUAUCUGCUGGCACAAUCAGUCCUAUGACGCAUAUGUCGCCACAUUUGCAACAGCUGCAAGCGCAUUUGCUACGCGCUAGCGCAGGACUUUGCAACGCAAUAACGCCUCAACAGGCCGCGGCAGCAGCAAGUUAUUCGAUGAGUCAUGUUGCUCUCGGCCUUACUGAGCCGGUCUCUGCAAAUUCAAAGGAACUAACGUUGGGCGGCAGUACCAGCCAAACAUCGACGCCAACUUCGACAAUUAUAAGCGCAACUCUAGAUGAGACUACAGUUAAACCAAACGGCUCAAAACAGAACUACGACGAUCGAUGCAACUCAAAGACAAAUUGUUUAGGUAAAAAUAGCAGCAUUAAUAACAGUAAGAGGCUACUCGAGCAACCGUCAUCUACUUCAGGAUGCGUUGCCCAAGUCGAAGCAGACAGUGCAACGGCAAAUGUGACCGAACCGUCAAAAGCAAACAAGACGCUAGCUGACGCUAUUAACCGUGGUGAAAGCCACACAUUCGAUCGGGAUCACCAAUUAAACGACUAUGAUUGCGCAACAGCAGACACAACCGAUAUUAAAGAUGAACCAGGCGAUUUUAUCGAAACGCAUUGCCAUUGGUGUAAUUGUAAUAUUGAAUUCGGCACGCAGGAUGAGCUCGUCAAACAUAUUAACAACGAUCAUAUUCAGAGCAAAAAGGCAUUUGUAUGUCGAUGGGAAGAUUGCUCGCGCGGUGAAAAACCUUUCAAGGCCCAGUACAUGCUUGUGGUGCAUAUGCGCCGCCACACAGGAGAAAAACCUCACAAAUGCACUUUUGAAGGCUGUUUCAAAGCUUACUCUCGCUUAGAGAAUUUGAAAACUCAUCUUCGAUCCCACACUGGCGAGAAACCAUAUACUUGCGAGUAUCCCGGAUGCAGCAAGGCAUUUAGUAAUGCGAGCGAUCGGGCUAAGCACCAGAACAGAACGCAUAGUAAUGAGAAGCCGUAUAUUUGCAAAGCACCUGGCUGUACCAAACGAUACACGGAUCCCAGUUCAUUACGAAAACAUGUGAAGACUGUGCACGGUGCCGAGUUCUAUGCGAAUAAGAAGCACAAGGGAUUACCACUUCAUGAUGUCAACUCAGGGCUGGAGAAGCAUAAAAUAUUGCAGGAGCAAAAUAUCGAUUCCAGCCCUUGCAGCGAUGAUUUGAGAUCUGGCAAAACGAUUAGUGUUUCUAGCCCUAGCAUCAAGUCUGAAUCGGAUGUCAAUUCUCCUGGACAACUAACAAAUGAUUGUCUAAUGCAUUCUUAUCGUCAAGAUGAUGAGAGUUGGCCGUAUAACGAGGAUAUAGAUGCUGCCGAUUUGCCAAUUGUGCUGCGUGCCAUGGUUAAUAUAGGCAAUGGAGGAUCCACGUGUGCUAAUGUCCGUCAGCGUUUUCGCAGCCGAUUGCAAUCAAAAGUGUUUCACUCGGCUGGCACUUCAAUGCUUUCAAAUAUACCUGAGAGUAAUCGACCCAUUGGUAUGUCCGAGCUAAAUCAGCGCAUCACUGAGCUCAAAAUGGAACCCGGUACAGCAUUGACAACACCAACGCCUCAACCUGUGAUCUCGGAUCAAUAUUCGUCUGAUCAUUUUACUGAGCUGCAAAUGAAUAAUACUCAUUUUAUGCAGCAAUCACUCAACAGCUCCAUUCAGCAUCCGUCUAUCCCGUCGCAAUUAAGACGCGAUAGUCAAAAUUCGAAUGCUAGCACAUAUUACUGCAGCAUGCCAAGUCGUCGCAGCAGUCAAUCUUCACAAAGGUCUUCCAUAUCGACAAUGCGACCCCGUCCCAUUUAUAAUAAUAAUAAUAAUAUUACCGGACCAACAACAUCCUAUCCGACAUCGCUCUACGAUCCAAUUUCACCAGGUUGUUCGCGGCGCUCCAGUCAAAUGUCAAAUGGCGUUGCUGCAAACGCACAAACAUCUACAAAUAUUAACAGUGUUAACAUUCAAGCGAUGGACGCGCCACGUGGGGAAGUAGCUCGAAUGACAGAUAUAUCAGAUAUUCCAUAUGGUACUAGCUUGCCACCACCGCCGUCAUCGCAUUUGAUUGCCACACAUUUGCAACGCUUACAAUCGAGUGAAUCAAGUGCCUCCCAUUUCCAUGGACGUAAUUCGGUGCCAAACAAUUUACAGUGUCCCAGCCCAAUGUCAAAUUCAAUAUACUGUUCACUAUAUGAUGGCGAGAGUCAUACGCAAUACGACUCUAAUUAUUCCAGACGACAGUCAGAACCAAUAUUAGCCCAACAAAAAUGUCAGAACAUCUCUACAUCGAAUCUCUCGUCAUUUGCAAUUAAUAAUAGCUUCCAGAAUCGAAUAGAUAGUUCUUAUCGCUCAUCUUGUGGAUCAAAUAAAAUAAAAGCAUGCGCAGACUCUGCUGGACAGGACAGUCAACUUCUCACUGAUGUGACCAAAUCGGAUAGUUCAACCGUCGAUUAUCAUCCAAAUGAGAAGGUAAAUUUGGAUGAAGUUGAAGAACUGAUACUACCCGAUGAAAUGCUGCAGUAUCUCAAUUUGGUUAAGGAAACGGAGAAAUAUCAUGAGAAUGAUAUGCAUGAGGCAAUGUCAGGUAUAAAAUCAUCCGUUACACUUAGAAGUAGUAACCAACAAGCUCCAGUAAACGAGUUGCAAUGCCAUCAAUCGGCUAUAGCUUCCGCUACAAUUAGUUGUCCAACAUAUGCUCAACGAAAUUCUGAGUCUGUCAUCUUAUCUCAGUCUCAUCGAUAUACUGUUAUCUGUAGCCGCAAGACCACAAUUGAUUCGCCAAGUAGUCCUCACGUAACAAAUCCAGGAUUUAUUGUGAUUCCAACCACUGCCCAACCAAAUGAUAAGACGCAUCCGAUCAUCGAUUCCUCAAUGACAAGCAUGCCUGAACUACCUAUACAGCCUUCGCCUACCGCAGCAGGACCUCACGAUCAAAAACUGAAUAAUGGCAACGUGGAGAUACAAUGCAGGAUAGUCAGUCAAUCUCAAUUGUCACCAACGACCACAAAUAUUAAAGCAACAUUUGAAUCGAAAUCGAUUAAUCAGAAUCACAAUUCUUAUUUGCCGAUGAAUCCUUUUGCUCCUGAUACUAUGGCAAUAUCAGAUCCAAAAUUUUUGAGCAACAAGCUGAGAGUAAUCUAACAUCUAUGCAUUCAGAUACUUAUCAGCGCACUUUAGAAUAUGUGCAAAGUUGUCAAAAUUGGAUGGAGACAAAUUCGUCAACACUUGCUUGCAAUAAUAGCCACAACAACA